GCUGUUACCGACCAUUCUGCUGCUUCCGAACGAGGAGGCCACGCGCUACUUGGAGUUUGCCGUUGAUCAACUCCACUGCUCUAGCCAGGCUGUCCACCACCAACUCAUUACGCUGUAUGCAUCGGCGGUGAAUUCGGCGGAACUGCCCAACAACGAGGUUCGCCUGUUGGACUAUUUGUCGCGCUUCACUACACCGAACCUCUGCGAUGUGUUCAGUGAUGUCGUGCGGAACGCGGGCCUAGAUCUUUCGGAUCCCGUGAAGGCGCUCACUGGUGACGGUGGUAGUGGCUCUGCGGCUUUGGCAAUCAUGAAA